CGGAGACCUACAGUGGUCACAACGCGAUGUCAGAUCUUUCGUCGUCUUCGCCGUCUUCCUUGGCUUCGUUCGUAGAGCACCGCAUUCGCGUCCCGAUAUUACCAGGAGAUGAGAGAAUAGUGAUUAAGGACUAUGUGUCUCCGCAGAUCUUGUGGAUUCCAAACCUGGUCAGGGAUGACAAAGCUUGGCUUGCGCGUUUUCACCCACCACCCCGUCCCACACAGGCACUGAUAGCAUUCGCACAAAAACAGGUGACUGUGUAUGAGGAACCGUCUGGGGUGGAUGAAGAGGAUGAGCUGACGGAGGAGGAGAGGCUUUAUGUGGAGAGGAAGGUGGUGGAGGCGGCCAGGGUCAAGGAGAAACAAAGGGCUGUCAAGAAGAAGAAGGCAGCGGGAGAAUCUAGGAACGCUUUUCUCUCGUAUGCGUCAUUUAGCGGUUGCGAAUCCAGCGGGGCGGCGCCGGAGGGGGGAGAUCAGGGUUCUGGUGCUGCUACUCAGCUGCAUCGUGGCGAGAGUUGUGGUCAUUUCAACGACAGCGAGGAUGAGGAGCCUCCGCAGAUGACGACUUCGCCGUUGAGGCGAAGAGACCGGUCUGUGCUGUCUAUACCAGGGGUCCUAGAUGACGCUCCGGUUCGAGAGGAGCGUGUGGCAGCUACAUCAAAGGUGGCAGUCUCUUCAGAGGUCGACUUGGAGACUAGCGAGGGUCAGGGUACGAAGGAGGGAACCGCGGGUGUCCAAGGCAAUCUAGGCACUCCGCAAAAGAGGAGGGGAGAUCGUCAUAACGGGUUGGCCGGCUCAUCGAAGAAUUGAAGAGCAAGGCCCCGAGGACCGCGGGGGAGAAACGGAAGGGAACCAAGGGGGAGCAGGGCCGGCCAGGAACCAAACGUCCGGCCUCGAAACAAAAGCAGCCUGCGUCU